GUGCACCGGUGGAGGCUUAGUUCUACGUCCGAAUGACCUUCAAUUCUUCUUAAAAUGUAUUCGUUUGAACGAUGGGCUUCAUGUACACACUGAUACGAUUUUCUAAAACGUUUGCAUGGAUCUCCAACAGCUGACAUACUGCCAUUAUACUUUUUAAAACGACGUUCUUUUAUAAGGUCUUUAAAAUCCCGUAUCCCAAAUCCCCUACAUACCCCUGUCUGGAACUAGUAGGCGCGUGGAUAUUCUUAAAGAGGUUGUUAGGUAUUUGUAGUGAAAGUGUUUCUUAUUGUAUGUGAAAGUGAAUUUUGUGGCUAUGUAAGUGACAUAAGUGUCGAUGACAAAUACGCAAAGAAACUACUAACUACGUCCAAAAUGGCACAGGACUCCGACGAUAUAAAUUUAACUAAUCAAGAACUGCAGGUGCUGUCGGAACUUGACAGUCGGCAGUUUGGGUUCUUGAAGUUAAACACGCCAGAACAAGCAAAGAAGAAAGAACUUGUUUUAAAGGCCGUGAAAUAUUUAGAGAGAAUGUUAGUUCAGGCCCAGAAUCAGAAAGAACGUAGUAAACACAUAGAGAAAGAUGACACAUUAAUCCAGAAAGAGAUAAAUAUUGAUCCUAAAACAUACUGCAAAUUGGGCCACUUUCAUCUCUUGCUUGAAGAUUAUGCAAAAGCCAUGUCAGCAUAUCAGAAAUUCUUCGGUCUAAAAUCUGAUUACUGGAAGGACGCAAAUUUCUUGUACGGGCAAGGUCUGGUUUAUUUUCACUUCAAUGCAUUCCAGUGGGCCGUCAAAGCCUUCCGACAAGUUCUUUACGUCGACCCAGGCUUCUCCCGCGCCAAUGAAGUCCACCUCCGUUUGGGGUUGAUGUUCAAAGUGAACAAUGACUGGGAAUCUGCCUUAAAACAUUUACAGUUAGCUCUGAUAGACGCCAGCCCUUGUACAUUCUCCAAGUUAGAAAUUCGUUUUCAUAUUGCACAUUUGUAUGAAGUUCAAGGAAAGUACAAAAGUGCUAAAGAAAACUACGAGCAGCUGCUUCGUGAAAAAGAUUUACCAACUCACUUGAAAGCUGACAUAUGCAGACAAUUAGGUUGGAUGUAUCAUUGUGUUGACUCCCUGGGAGAUAAGAAUCACCGUGAAAGUUUAGCUAUACACUGCCUACAGAAGUCAAUUGAAGCUGAUCCUAAAUCUGGACAAUCCCUCUAUCUUCUGGGACGCUGUUUUGCAAGCAUUGGGAAAGUACAUGAUGCAUUUAUUGCAUACCGUAAUUCUGUUGAAAAAUCUGAAGGCAAUGCAGACACCUGGUGUUCAAUAGGUGUCCUUUACCAGCAGCAAAAUCAGCCUAUGGAUGCCUUACAGGCAUACAUCUGUGCAGUCCAGCUUGAUAAAAGCCACACAGCGGCAUGGACUAACCUUGGUAUUUUGUAUGAAAGCUGUAAUCAGCCCAGUGAUGCAUUUGCUUGUUAUGUGAAUGCAACAAGAGGUUCUGGUGGAAAUACUGGGAGCCCAAUAAGUCCGAACAAUACAUCUAGUACCAUUAAUAAUAACUUAGCAUCACUAACAACAUCACCAAGCAGAGCUCCAGGGGGUAUGAAUCCCAACCUGAGCCAAAGAAUAAAGUUCCUGCAGAGUCACUUAGCAAGCGCACCAAUGCCCAGCAUUACCAGCAAACGUCGGCAACUGCCAUCAAUAGAGGAGGCAUGGAACCUCCCCAUAUCUGCAGAAAUGUCAUCACGACAACAGCAACAACAGCAGCAACAGAACCAAGCUGUUGCGCAGCAGAGGGGGCCAGGAACACCAUUCCAGAAGGGAUACACACAGCCAGGACCACAACCUCAGUACAAUGGUAUAAAUGGCCAUCACCAAGUCUCUCCUCAGGGUCCUCCUCCACCCUAUCCAGUGCAAACAAAUGCUGCUGGAACGAAGAGAUUCAAGAGUGGGGGAGAUGUAGUUGAAAAUAGCCCUCCUGGUGCAAGAGUGGCACCAGCAACCAACCAACAGAGAGCAGUGCCACCACCAACAUUUAUGAACCAACAGCAGCUACACAUGCUCCAGUAUUUGCAACAGAACAUAGCAAAUCUUAACCCACAACAACAGGGUAUGCUGCAGCAGUUGCAACACCAGUAUCGAUUAAUGCAACAGCAUCAGCUGAAGCUACAACAACAGCAGCAGCAACAGCAGCAGCAGCAGCAGCAGCAACAACAACAACAACAACAACAACAGCAGCAGCAGCAGCAGCAACAACAACAACAGCAGCAGCAGCAGCAGCCACAAAGACCUGCAGGAAUUACAAGGCAACCACAGCAGCCAGCACAGUAUUCACCAUACCAACAGAGUUCUGUUAUUAAAACAUACAGUAUGCCACAGCAAACACAGGGUUCAGUAGCACCACAGACUGGUUUUACGGAUGCUAGUAUUGGGUAUUCUGCUGCCACACCUAGCACACAGCAAUCACCUGGAAUGCCCUACAAAAGUGCAACAGUGGACCAUCAAUUAUCAUAUCAACAGAGAACUUCCUCCCAACUGCAGCAUUAUCCAUAUGGUACUCAGGCUAAUUCUACAGGCUUCACACAGAUAUCUUCAACUACAACACCUCAUGCAACACCACCAGCUCAUUCAACUUUGGAGUCAAGUUCUUAUCACCAUACUUACCCAACAUCAAAUUCUCCUUCGAGCAAAGAACUUGCUGUGAGUGACCAAGAGCUACAGGCUUUACUUUCCCAGAAGGAUAUUGCAACAUCACUAGCAGAAGAUUUGUUGAAACAUUUUGGGUCAGGUAGUGAAGAUUUAGAUGUGAAGGUGGAAGAGCCUAUAUCAACAAAUCAAGUUGCCAUUACAUCAACAUCAAAUCAACAGAACUCCAAUACUUUGAGCUCAGGACCAUUUUCUCCCUCAAAUUUGCCAGAUGACAGCAGUGGCAAUAAUUCUACAGUAAUAAUGAACUCUGGUGCAUCUACUGCUGGCGAAGCUGUGAAUGUAAAACAGUCGAUGUCUCCAGCAGUCAGUACUGCAAAUAGUCCAAAACAUGAACAGGCACCAACACCUUCGUCCAGUGCUUCUACUGUAACAUGCUCACCCAAACAAGAGAUAAAAACAGAAGGAAUAUCCACUACUGUGAAAAGUGAAUCUCAGAGCUUAAUUACAACAAGAAGUACUUCACAAACUUCCCAGAACACCAAUCGUGUUCCAUCAGUAUUACAGCAGGAUUUGAAAGUAGAAGCUGCAGUUUUAGAAUUUUCGAACUUAUGUGAGCCCCAACCUGAAACGGAAUACAGCAUAGAUAUGGAUGCCAAGUCUGUGAUAGAGGCAUGCAAGGGCCGAGGGCUAAAUGGUGUCUCAAACUGCAGCAUUUUGUCAGACCGUGCUCCUCCACCACAGCCUCCAGAUCCACCUCAGCAGCGACUAACAAGGGAACAGCUGCUUCCUCCAACCCCCUCUGUGUACCUGGAAAACAAAAAGGAUGCAUUCAGCCCACAGCUACAAGAGUUCUGCCUCAAGCAUCCAAUUGCUGUUGUCAGAGGCCUAGCAGCAGCACUUAAAUUAGACCUAGGUCUGUUCUCAACAAAGACACUUGUUGAGGCAAAUCCAGACCAUAGCGUUGAAGUUAGAACACAAAUGCAGCAAACAUCAGAUGAAAACUGGGACCCACAGCAAGGCCGAAAAGUUUGGGCCUGUAUUAGUCACAGAUCACACACCACUAUUGCCAAAUAUGCUCAGUAUCAGGCAUCAUCUUUCCAGGACAGCUUGAAGGAAGAAGGUGAAAGAACAGCAGGAGCACACAACAGUAAUCUGUCAGAUUCGGACUCGAAAGAUUCUACAGGAAAUGUGCGUCGAAAGAAAGGAGGUGCAUUUGGAGGUUCAGGUGGUGGGAAGUCGGGGCCCAAAAUGUUAAGAUUUGGUACUAAUGUUGAUCUCUCAGAUGAACGAAAAUGGAGACCUCAACUGCAGGAACUCAUGAAAUUACCAGCAUUUGCUCGUGUUGUCUCUGCUGGAAAUAUGUUGUCCCAUGUUGGUCAUGUUAUUCUUGGCAUGAACACAGUACAACUGUACAUGAAGGUUCCUGGAAGCAGGACUCCGGGACACCAAGAGAAUAACAACUUCUGCUCCAUCAAUAUUAACAUUGGCCCAGGUGACUGUGAAUGGUUUGCUGUGCCUGAUGCGUACUGGGGAGUUAUUUACAAUCUUUGUGAAAGGAAUAAUAUAAACUACCUUCAUGGCUCCUGGUGGCCUUCUUUAGAUGAUUUAUAUGAGGAAAAUAUACCAGUCUAUCGAUUCAUGCAGAGGCCAGGAGAUUUAGUAUGGGUCAAUGCAGGUUGUGUUCAUUGGGUUCAGGCUGUUGGAUGGUGCAACAACAUUGCAUGGAAUGUUGGCCCACUGACUGCAAGGCAGUAUCAGUUGGCUAUAGAACGCUAUGAGUGGAAUAAACUUCAAAGUUUCAAAAGUAUUGUUCCAAUGGUCCAUCUUUCUUGGAACCUCGCACGCAAUAUUAAGGUUUCUGAUCCUAAACUUUUUGAGUUGAUCAAAAAUUGUUUGCUAAGGACAUUACGCCAGUGUGCCAUGAUAUUAGAAUUUGUGAAGUCAAAAGGUGUAGAAGUGAGAUUCCAUGGUCGAGGAAAGAAUGAAGCAUCUCAUUACUGUGGACAGUGUGAGAUUGAAGUUUUCAACAUCCUCUUCAUCAGAGAACAAGAAAAAAGGCAUGUUGUUCAUUGUAUGGACUGUGCCAGAAAGCAGGCACCAAGUUUGGAAGGGUUUGUGUGUCUCGAAGAAUAUAGCAUGGAAGAACUAAUGGAAGUGUUCGAUCAUUUCACAUUACAUGAUCCAAAAAGCCCAUCAAAUCAAUUGAGCCUACCAUCAUGAUGACUACAAAUGCUAGCAUUAGCAAGUAGGUAAUGGUCUGCUGCAGCAAGCUUGGAACAAUGAGUUUAAGCUGCCAAAUUUGUGUUGAAUCCUCACUAUGCAUGAUCUCCAUUACUGGGGAGUGGAAGAUAUAUUUCUACAAGUGAAACAUUUCACAUUAUAUAUAAAGCCUUUUUUAUGAAAAGAGUGAAAUGAAGAAUUCAGAGUUAUAUUUUAAUACAAAUAUAAAGUAAUUUUACGAAGACUCACAACUGUAGAUCAAGACAAAAAGGAAAUAAAGUGAUGUGCUGCAUAGACUGACCUCAUAUUGAAAGAAAGGCAGUAGGAUAUGUACUAGUGACAAUCUGCCUGCUGCAUGAUUAUGUGCAUCUUGUAAAUAGGGGAAGUAAUUUGUGGAUGUACAUCGAAACAUUUCUAUGAAUGUCAAACGGGUGAUCUCAUGUUUUAUCCUCAUGUUUUGAACAGUGGAUAAAUAUAUUUGUACAGUUUCUAUUUAUUAGGACAUUGUGGAAUGUGAAAAACCUGAGUAUCAGGUCACAAGCAAUUAAAGUGUAAAUAAAUAAUGAGAACGUUACUUGAAGCAAUUAUGAGAAUUGCUUAUUUAGGAAGACAGUAUAACACCUGCCUAAGAAGUUACAGGGCAAUUGAUACUAAAUUUUUGACAGUGUAUUAAUGUCCAACAAAUUUAGUGCUGCAAUCAACAGAUAUGUGAUGAGCUUCUUAAAAAUUAAGAGACUAUGUAAAGCUGUAAUUUGAUAACAAAAUAUGAAAGUGAAAAAUAUUUUAUGGUAGUUUCUGAAGUUAAAGUCACAGGGCAUUAAUUAUUACACAAUUUUGUGUAUUGGAUCAUUGGUAGUGAUCUACUUUCUUCCUUUUAAGACAAGUGUUGACUCAAGCGAUGCAAUAUUUGAAUUGUGAUUUUGUGAUAAGACUGACUUUCACUGCCAAAAGGAAGUAAGAAUUUCGUUUUUGGAUUAAUGGUGUGCUGUUGAAAGAAUCUGAAGUAAUGUGUAAUUACUUUGCAGUUACCACGCAUUUGUUUAUAUGCACAGGAUUUGUUGUAUAGUAUUCAGAUUUAAAAGAACUAGCUAUCACUGCCAGUAGCUUAUUUGCAUAAACUGCAUAGUGCUUGUUAAACUUUUAGAAAUCUAUUUAACACACAAAACCAACUUGACCUUUAUUUGUGGCAUAUAUAGGAUGUUCUAUUUUAUAUGAGAAUGGUAUGUUUUGUUUGUUUCUGUAGACUGAGUUUAGGAUUCAUGUAAAUAAUUUAUGAUAAGUAAUAACAAUAUUAAAAAUGAAAAUGGAACAUCCAUUGCAGUUCGACAAACAGUAUGUGAAUUGAAAAAAUGUAUUAGAUCUUUUACUCUGAAGCUUGUAGUGGCUCGUUCAUUUUCUAAUGUAAAUCAUCCUUUGAGGUAAUUUAUUUAAGAAUUGACAUGAUUAUCUUAUUCUCCAGAGUUUAAUUACAUAUUUUAAUAAUUGUUGUGUAUUUUACUAUGUUAAUAUUUUCCUAGAGAUCUUUAUCCUCUGUGAAAGAGUUGUCUAAAUGUAAUUUUUAUUUCUUUACACUUCUGGUGACUAUUUGGUUAAUGUAUUUUGAGUCACAACUGUUAAAAUAUUCCAUUACAGCUCUAGCCACAGUUACAGUAAACUUCAGAAUGUCUUGCAGGCUGUGAAUAUUUUGUCAGUAGAUGAUAAAGUAAAAUCAAUUUUUGACAGUUAUGAUAUAGAAAUGUAAUAAUCCUAAGUUAUUUGGUUUUUAACACAUACCCUUAUAGUGUUGACUCUUAUGUUUGUAUCUUGAGUGUGUUCUUUUGGUUCAGUAUUGGAAUGGAUCACAGCUAAUAAUUUUAAUUAAAAGAAGCAUAUGAUGUGGAAAAGAGGUAUAUGUAAAGACACACAUACACAAACUAUAUUCACUUUUUUGUUGCCAAGCCAUUGAAACAGAUGUCAUGGUAUACCACAGAUGUGCAAGGCACUUUGUUUAUACAUAUAUUCAUAGAUAUAUAUAACUAUACAUAUAUCUGUCAUUCUUUUUAUGGUAAUAAUUUGCCUCUACGUGUGGCAGUGUAUAAGCUUUUUGUUCUUAUUUCUGUAAUCAUUUGAUGUGCUGAUUUUAUUGUUUACAAUAUGAUUAAAUUUGUCAAAACCUGUGCAUAUUGUAGGUUUUGUACUGGCUCUGGUAUUCUUCAAAAAUUUUGAAAGAUAGAAAAGAAAAAGGAAAAAGUAGUUUUUGUAUUUAUAGGGAGAACAAAUCCCUACAAUGGGUGUAUUAUUGUUACUGAAUUUUGUGUGCAUUUAAAAAAAAUUUUAUUGUGAAAAAUGUGUUAACAUUGUCAAUGAACAAUACUGCACAGUACAUUAUAAAUUGUGGCAUAAAUAAGUGAGAAGGUUGGACAUGCCAGUCUGCAUCCGUAAUGUGUUCCUUGUAUCUGUUGUGUCACGUCAUAAGAAAUUGUAAAAAUGAGUUAGCUAAUCAAUAGAUGCCAAGAUCUCUUUAAAAAUCAUAAGUCAACAAAACCUAUUAGAUUAUACUUGUUGACUUCGUGUAUGAGAAUAAUAUAUUUACAUGGGUUAAUGAAUGUAGGGCAUGAAGACGUAUAUUGCUUGUUUUCUUUUUAGGAAUUGAUGAGAAAAUUUCAGCAAGUUCACUCAUGGGGCAUCACAUAUUUUUCACCCUCAACAGCAUUCAUUGGUUAAAAAGUCAGAGGUAAUAAAGUAAAAAUCUUAUAAUGUCAUUUCCUCUCUGGUUAACAUUGAGCUUAAUACUGUGUGUCUCCCUCCUUUUAACUCUGUAAUGUGUUACGAACUGCAAUGAGAGUUAUAAUAAUUCUCACAAAAAUAGGUGGGUCAAGGUCAUCUCACCAUCUUACAGCAAUGCCAGUUAGUGGUAUUUUCAAAUGUUAGUGAUAUUUCUGAAAAAAAAAAUGCUAUACAUCUCUUAUUUUUAGUCCAAAUUCGUUUUUGUCUCGUGUCACCUACUAACAAGAUAUUCCAGUCACGGCAGUACACAAGUACUUGCAUAUCACUGCUAGGAUUCUUGAUGUGAUGGCUUCCAUUAAAAAUAUUCCCUAACAGCUGUAGGGAUUACAUUUGCAACUCAUCCCCACCCAAAACACCAAUAUUCACUAUACAAAAGUGCCUGUAGAUAUUUUUGAGCCACUAUUUUCCUCGAAGUGGUGCCAGACAUAUUUCUUCCUAUGGGUUUGCGAAAACAGAGUUUCAUUCAGAUAAGGCUUGUUGUUGUCUGUAUGCAAUAAAUGCAUAGCUCACAAAAAUGUAUUUCCCAAGGUAGCAAUAUCCCUUUGUUCCAUAAGAAAUUUUUGUUCGUCCUCACAUUUUCUGAUCAUAAAACCAAUGUCAUUUAGAAGGGGAAGAAUGAACAUUCCCAAGCCCUUAUACUCAAUUUUGUAUUAGUAGUGGACUUCAUUAGACCUAGGAUACUAUCCUCUAUUGUAGUAUUCUAACACAUUCCUGUAGCCUACAUUUUUUUAUUAAAAUCAUCCAUUUGAGUAAAUCUAUUUUCCAGUUUAUAUCUCUUAUGUGGUGAAUGGUAGAAAGCAUUCACACCUACAGCCUCUGAAGAAGUUAAUCACUAACAUGUUACACUGUUCUUUCUGUGACUCCACAAGCUUUUGCUGUCAACUUUUGUACUUGGGUAAAGUAGGGUUCAUUCUGGCUCCCCCAUCACAAGCAGGUUAAUUGAAUAACUUUUAAUUAAACAUUACAUAUUUAGUUCGUUUUCUAAUGUACACUCAGUUCUGGCAUACACUAAGAAUACAUGGACUACCAACUAAUCUAUGCAGAGAAUGUUACUCUUUAUAACUGUCUGUAAAGCAGAACAAGUUCACAAAAAAGCAAAACCAAAUAUACGGAAGUAGCGAAUUGGGCUGUUCAGCAUUACUUGAGAGUUAUUUUUGCAGCAACAACUGCAGGAUGUUACAUAAACUAUUAUUUUAUUGUAACCAUGAGAGCCUCAUUAGAGAUAAUUACCAUAGCUUGGGAGGGAGCUGAGUUUUAUUGUAAUAUAAAAAGUAACAACAAUUGCUGCCAAAAAUAAUUGUACUGAAAAACAAAUUAGAAUUUGUAACUGAGGUCUGAAAAGGUCUCCCCCCCCCCCCCCCUUCAGUUAAAGUACACUUUAUCUCACAUAUGGACAUGGGUAAUUACUUAUUAUUUCCCUAACAAUAUUGUGAAAAAGAUAGUUGCUACUCACCAUGCAGCAGACAUGCUGAGUCACAGAUAGGCACAAUCGUUAGGAGGGGGAAAAAAGAAAAAAACCACACACACACCCACACACACACACACACACACACACACACACACACACACACACACACACAACUCGCAUACACAUGACAGCACACAACUCGCAUACACAUGACAGCAGUAUCUGGCUGCUGAGGUUGGUGGUCUGUUUGUUGUGCUUAUCUGUGGCUCAGCAUCUUUGCUGUAUGGUGAGUAGCAACUAUCAUUUUCGUAAUAUUGUUACAUUCCAUCCUGGAUUUUCCAUGGUGGGACUAUACUUCUCUAGGUACUUUAAGCUUGUGUUCUCCUCAUAGACAGUGGUAUUAAGAGAGAGAAGCUUUUCUGCACCAGAAGCCAUCACUUUUAAAGAUGCUUCACUGAUAAAAAAAUGUUUGCCUUCCUACAUAAAUUACUUACCAACCCAAGGAUGUAGUACACCAACAAGUAUAAAAUUUAAGCUUCUGACUUAUUCACAAAUAGUUAGGAAUAAGAAGGGAGGAAAACACAAACACCAAUCAUAACUGUUGAGAAAUAAUUCUGAUACGUAAGGAAUGCAAGGCUAUUGUCGCCAUAAAAGAAAUGGAUUAUUCAGAUUUCAUGGUAUUUCAGCUGGAGUGCAACUAGAAAUACCAGUUAUCAUAUAUGUGAAUGAAUACUUACCUAUCAUUAUUACAAGAACAAAUAUAUGGUGUCAAAAUUGCCUUAUUAGCAAACAAGUGAAAAUAAAUUUUACUAUAGUUCUCUUCAGUUAGGUUAACAUUGUGAAAUAAUUAGUAGAAAUCAAGGAUGUGUACUAAUACCUAUUUCAGGGAGUAAAAUACUUGUGUAUGUAUCUUACAACUAAUAGGGUUCUGCAUAUUCACAGUGCAAGUCACAUUCACAUUAUCAGGAACACACAACCAAUCUAUUUAUGAAACAGAAGGGAGGACAACUCAUUAAAUUUUGUACACAGAUUUUUUCUCGUGCCUUAUUGUCAUAUCUAUUUGCAUUGUUUGUAUACUAAACUGUCCAUAAUUACCCAAUGUAAAUUACAGUUUGUGCAAACUUACUUAAUCAUUUCUCAGAUAAUCAUAACAGUAAUUAAUACAAGAGAAAAAGAUAUUGACUUACAAUGGGUAUAUGCCCAAAUUUGCAGAUAAUCUUGGAAGGGAAGCUGUUAGUUUUGUCCACUCCCCCUCCCCCUCCCCACAGACUAAAUUCAUUGUUACUUUAUUAAACUAACUCAAGGUUAUGGGUCUGGUGGUACUGUGUCACAAAUUAAAUUUCUCUCGUUGUGUAAAUGGCUAUUUAGAAAUUAUCAUUUUCCUGUUUUGUUUUUUUUUAAAUAUAUAUAUUCACAUUUCAUUUUAGGUUCAUACUCACAUGAAAAUCUAAGUUAGAUGGUAGUUUUGCAUCUUGGGUCCAUUAAUUGCAGCUUUACAUUUUCUCUUUAUUACACAAUAACAUGUUUGCCAUUAUUUUUAUGACAGGAAACUACCUCUUUGCUUUGUGAUACCAGCAAAAAUUGAAGAUAGUACAGUGCUUUUUAUUCUAGUUACACUUUUACAGAAUUUUUGGGUCCUGAAACACACCAUAUUUUUCCAAGAACUCAAAGCUUGUAUUAUAAAUUUGAUUUCACACUCAUACUGUUUACAACAGACCAUUCAAUAUUUGCUUGUGAUGUGUAUAGAUAUUCAUUCAGAUACAUUAGCAACUAUUUUUUGAUCAUUUAUUAAUUGGAAAAGAUACUACAGACCUAACUUAAGUUCUCUCUAAUAUGUUUUCUAAAUAAACUUAUGUCAGAAAAACAACUUUUGAAAGUCCGUCAGUAUAAUCUUGCUGCCUUUGUAUUUCAAGCUUCAUGCUUAAUAAUUUUCUCUAGUACUGUGUGCUGUUGAAUUUAUAACUAAUGGAAAGGCUGUGUGAAAGUGUAGAAGGAAGACAUUCACAAUACCGUCAAAGAUAAUCUUAUUGCACAGCCUUUCCCAGAAAUGGGUGUAGGGGGAAAGAGGCUACCUGAGUUCAUUAAAAACAAAACAAAAAAAAGAGUGUUGGUUUUUAUGCUGAAGCCAAGUGAAGCAAAAUAUAAAUGCACAUCAAUGUGAUUGCAGAAAAUGUAUGUAGUUUCUCAUACAGAAAAAUGAAUGAAUUAGAAAGUAAGUACAUUGUGUACAUGGUAUAUAAUAACUGAACACUGCCAAUAAUUUGUGAUAGUAUAUUUCUUUUUAAAAUAAGAAAUACAUGUUGAUUGCCACUUUUACACUGCCCCAGGUCGUUCAUCACAUAUUCAUGUAAAUCUUCAUCAAGACUGAAGAGAAAAAUGUUUUGUUGGCAGAUCACAAACUUUUUAUAGAAAAUGUUAAAUAAUAAUGAAAAAAAUCACAAAGUUAAGGUGUAUGCAAUGAAUUGAACUUGUACGUCAAUCAUUCAGGUGAUGAAAGCUGUAAUGUUCUUUUCUUCACCAGUUUCUAACUUGAAAACAGUUGCCCUAAAAGCUGUCUGCAGUCAUUUUCUUGUUUGUAAUCUCCACAGAAUGUAACUUUUUGAUUAUGAUGAAUUUGACUGCCAAUUAAUGUAAUUGAAAAUUUGAAUAGAGUACCUCUAAUUAAACUGUAUACACAAAGUUCUUUUCAAGUCAGCACUCACACAAUUUCAGAUUUGGAUCCAUAAAUACUUCUCAGGUCAUGAAUGUGUUUGACUGUAGAGAGAUUAAGAAAUGUGCUGUAGUAAUGAAUUUAUUCACAGAACAUUUUUGUCACGGUACUAAAAAUAUUGACCAGAAAGGAUAAUGUCUAUGUGUCAGUUACCAUUGGUGAAUCAGUACCAUGUUUCGCUUUGCUAUCUCCUACAGCAAUCAUACAGGAUUGGAUUUUAAUCAAGAUGCAUAAUAAAUAGCAACUUUUGUUGCUGAUUGUGUUCAGACUAGUUGCAUCUCACUGAUUAACAUGGAUUCAAAUUUUUAUAAAAUGUUGUAGUAGGUAUUCUUUCCUUAAUUUCAUCUAGCUUAACUCUGAAAAAUUAAUAUGAAACUUUUGAACUUUGAAAGAAUUUUCUUGACUUUGUAUGUAAUGUAAACAUUUUAUUUGAUCAUUAUGGGCCAAUCCAAUUGCAUGACUGUGGAUAAUAAGUUUGAUAUCAACUGCAUACAGCAUUCACUUUCUCUUCAGUCCAUGUUGAAACAACUUACAGAAUUCAGUGCCUUCAGUAGUCCUUUGUAAUAAUAUUUUGUAAUGUAACAGUUGCACAUUGUUGAUCUCCUUCUUUACCAAACUGUGUUUGCCAUUAUCAUUAUGUUCACAAUCAAGCUCAUGAUGUAAAUUAUCAAGUUUUAAAUAAUGUAAUGUUAUUGAUUUGUGAAUUAAUUUGUCCUUAAGAUAUGUUGUAAUAGUAAUUGUAAAUGAAUUUAUCUAAAAAAUAUGAAAAACCAAGAAAUAAACAUUUUAGUCAGUUGAAA